GCUGAGGCGGCGGCCGCGGCUCUGAGGCGGUGGCGGCGCUGCCGACCCCCGGCCGCUCGGCCUCUGGGCUCGGCCCUCAGCCUUCCCCGAGCCCGCUGGGACCCACGCCGACCAGCGCCUGUCCUAUGAGUGUGUCACUGGUGGUCAUCCGACUGGAGCUCGCGGGUCACUCGCCGGUCCCCUCCGACUUCGGCUUCAACGCCGCCGCUGGGGAGAUGUCCGAUGAGGAGAUCAAAAAGAAGACACUGGCUUCAGCCGUCGCCUGUCUGGAAGGGAAGUCACCAGGAGAGAGAGCAGCAGUCAUCCACCAGCACCUUGGCCGCCGGGAGAUGACGGAUGUGAUUAUUGAGACCAUGAAGGCUAGCAAAGAUGAGUUGAGAGACGCAGUGGAAGAAAAGAAGUCUUCAGCAGCCCCCCUCUCUACCCAGAGAAGUAGAGAGCAGAGUGAGUCUGUGAACACGACCCCAGACUCUCCAUCCAAACAGCUCCCAGACCAGAUUUCCUUCUUCAGUGGCAACCCCUCCGUUGAAAUCGUCCACGGCAUCAUGCACCUGUAUAAGACGAAUAAGAUGACCUCCUUAAAAGAAGAUGUACGGCGCAGCGCCAUGCUGUGUGUCCUCACUGUCCCUGCCACCAUGACCAGUCACGACCUCAUGAAGUUUGUUGCCCCAUUCAAUGAUGUAAUUGAACAAAUGAAAAUCAUCAGAGACUCUACUCCGAAUCAGUAUAUGGUACUGAUCAAGUUCAGUGCACAGGCUGAUGCGGAUAGUUUCUACAUGGCAUGCAACGGCCGCCAGUUCAACUCAAUUGAAGAUGACGUUUGCCAGCUGGUCUAUGUGGAAAGGGCGGAAGUGCUGAAAUCUGAAGAUGGCGCCAGCCUCCCUGUGAUGGACCUGACGGAGCUCCCCAAGUGCACUGUGUGUCUGGAGCGAAUGGAUGAGUCUGUGAAUGGCAUCCUCACAACGCUGUGCAACCACAGCUUCCACAGCCAGUGUCUGCAGCGGUGGGAUGACACCACGUGUCCUGUUUGCCGAUACUGUCAAACACCAGAGCCAGUGGAAGAAAACAAGUGUUUUGAAUGUGGUGUCCAGGAAAACCUCUGGAUUUGUUUAAUAUGCGGCCACAUAGGAUGUGGACGGUAUGUAAGUCGACAUGCUUACAAGCACUUUGAGGAGACCCAACACACAUAUGCCAUGCAGCUCACCAACCAUCGGGUCUGGGACUAUGCUGGAGAUAACUAUGUCCAUCGACUAGUUGCAAGCAAGACAGAUGGAAAGAUUGUUCAAUACGAGUGUGAGGGCGACACCUGCCAGGAAGAGAAGAUCGAUGCCUUACAGUUAGAGUAUUCUUACUUGCUAACAAGCCAGCUGGAAUCGCAGCGCAUAUACUGGGAAAACAAGAUUGUUCGCAUAGAGAAGGACACAGCAGAGGAGAUUAACAACAUGAAGACCAAGUUUAAAGAGACUAUUGAGAAGUGUGACAGCCUGGAGCUCAGGCUCAGUGACCUCCUGAAGGAGAAGCAGUCUGUGGAAAGGAAGUGUACUCAGCUGAACACCAGAGUGGCCAAGCUCAGCACGGAGCUGCAGGAGGAACAGGAGCUGAACAAGUGUCUGCGCGCCAACCAGCUGCUGCUGCAGAACAAGUUGAAGGAGGAGGAGAAGCUGCUGAAGGAGACCUGCGACCAGAAGGACCUACAGAUCACCGAGAUCCAGGAGCAGCUGCGUGACGUCAUGUUCUACUUGGAGACACAGCAGCAGAUCAGCCACCUGCCUGCGCAGACAAGGCAGGAGAUCCAGGAGGGGCAGAUUAACAUCGCCAUGGCCUCAGCCCCCAACCCACCCUCCUCAGGUGCUGGUGGGAAGCUGCAGUCCAGGAAGGGCCGCAGCAAGAGGGGCAAGUGAACUUCUGAGACUUCUCCCUGGGACUUCCGGGGCACCGCAGGGUGUGCCGGGACCUUUGCUGAGCGGGAGGGUGGGCCCUAAUAAGUACGCCUGAGGAUGAACUGUGGUCAUGUGGCUCCUUCAUUUGUUGCGUGUGAUGUGAGGAGACUGAAAGAGAGGUGGUGUUGGCAGCAUUCCCCAAGAGUAAGUCUCAGACCUCAGACAACUCAUGGCCGUUC